AUGGCUAAGAAAACUCGAAACCUCGCCAUCCAAGCUUCGCAACCGAGUGAGCCUGUGAGUCCGGCUACGACAUCCCAGUCUGAUGACACCGUAAUCGGCUCUCCAACUUCUCAAUUGCAAUUUACGUCAGGACCAUGGGAAGAAGAUACGGACCCUUUUAAAGAUCCAGAAAAGCCCCUGCCAGGAUGGCCGCUCGUGUCUAAAUUGAUUGCCAAAUAUCCAGAUCUUGAAGCGUUCAAGGCCUUCCGCGAUCUCAACAUCAAGAGUUUACUCUAUUAUCAAGCAGAACUGGAGAAUUUACGAAUGAAAUUGCAUCAGGCAGAAUAUACUGAAUAUCGCCAGGGCGAGCAAGAGGGCAUAACGAGAGCGUCAAUGAUGGCGAAGAAUCUUGACUACUAUCUUCUGCAUGCUCGACUGGAUGAUACCAAGUGCAAGUCUAAGCAAGUAAAGAUUAUGAGAGAAAUUAGAGUCGUCCUGAAAAAUUAUAAUGAUGCUUUACUUCAAUACUCCCAAAUUGCAGCAUUGCCGAGAGCGGACCCGUACAAUGUAGAAACUCUGAGGGUCUGGCUGAAGAGAGUUGGCGGACAUUGUAUCAGCGGACCUGCUGCAUGUGUGUGGGGUGAUUAUACAGAGAAUGUACGCAAGGCAAAACCUCUUAAAUGGCAAUUCACCAGUCUACUACGUAGCAUCUUUUGGCCACCGGUUUCUGAGCCUGAUACUCUCGAUCUUAUUGUACCUCGACAGGGUGAUAAAGUUGAUAGCCUUACGAGAUGGGUUGCUAAUGAGUUUGUGCCGUUUUGGCACAGCGUCAAGCAAGCGUUGCGGCGCAAGAAGGUGAAGACCACAUCGGAAGAAAAUAGGCUGCCUACUACUGAGACUAAGAGCCGCUCAUCUUUUGGACGAUCGGGGACUUCAAGAAGCUUUCAUUCUUGGCUCUUCCGCGGGAAGGAAUCGGCUGGUACAGUCAAAGAGGAUCGAAAGCAGAAAAACGGGACAGGACUUACCGUUUAUUCUGAAGCUCGCAUGUUACGUUUCACCUCAGCUGUAGCAACGAUUAUUGCUUGCCUUUUACCCACAGUAGCAAUCGCAGUACUUUCAAGUCUUCAGUCUACCGGAGAACUACUUGGAGUAAUCGCGGCAUUCACAGCUAUUUUUGCUAUGGGACUUAUGUUCCUGACUGAUGCGGGUACAUCGAGGGUUGAAAUCUUCACCGCUACUGCUGCCUUUUCUGCUGUCAUGGUAGUGUUUGUGCAGAAUCAGAAUGUCUAUGUUGGCUCGUAUGGAAAUAACCCAGGAACAAGAAUUACGAAUGGGACAAGCUCAACGAAUUGA